CUGCCACUGAAGACAUGGAAAGAAAGAAUAGUGAUUUCUCCAACUAUCGCAAUGAGUAUCUUACAGCGAUUACCGCUACAUUAUCAUUGGUGGCAACCGUUGCAGCCGCAGGCUGGUCAUCUCCGGCAAUUCCAGCUCUUCGACGGGCGGAUUCACCCGUCCCAAUAACAGCCGAUCAAGGAUCGUGGAUUGUAUCGAUUCUUUCGAUAGGGUCUCUGUUCGGUCCCAUAAUUACAAGCCUGUUUGUCGAUCGCUACGGACGGAAGCUCACCCUUCUACUGUCAGUAAUUCCACUAGCCGUUGGUUGGGUUAUGAUAGCGCUGGCCGAACACGUGUCAAUCAUCUAUGUGGCUCGAUUUUUGCAUGGUAUUUCCUACGGAAGCGCCUACUCAGUUGCUCCCAUUUAUCUUGGGGAAAUAGCGUCCCCUGAAAUUCGUGGUUCGACAGGAAUACUCGUUACCGUAAUGGCUAAGAUCGCCUUUCUACUGCAAUACAGUAUUGGACCUUACGUUAACUUCAAUACCUUGGCAUGGAUCUCUCUGGGCUUUCCCGGUUUAUUUAUUGCUCUUUUCGUAUGGAUGCCAGAAUCUCCCUACUAUCUACUCACUGCAAAUAAGGAAAAGGAUGCUUUUGCUAGUCUGUGUUGGUUACGACGAUGUGACGGUGAGUCCGAACAAUUCCGUCAAGAAUUCCGACAAAUUAAGGCUGUCAUCGAGAAGGGACGCCACAGUCCAGCAACCAUGAAGGAAUUGUUCAAAAGAUCCAACCGUAAAAGUUUGAUCAUCAUUCUAGUGCUAUCAUGCGGUAUGCAAUUGACCGGUAUCAAUGCCAUCUUAGGCUACUCACAGUCAAUUUUCUCGAAGCUUGACAUGAAUCUGGAAGCGGCGGAGUUAUCCAUCGUUCUGGCCGGUGUUCAACUGUUGGCAGUUUUCAUUCCAAUAUUCGCUGUUGACCGACUCGGUCGUCGACCACUUCUAUUUAUUUCCUGUGGAGGAUCGUUCCUUGGCUUACUCACGUGCAGCAUCUAUUUCACCCUGGAUGCUUUCGAUUAUUCUGUGCAGGAAUUCAGCUGGGUACCGUUUAUUGGCACAUUGGGAUUCAUAAUAGCGUUUGCUUUAGGACUCGCAACGGUACCUUUCGCUAUACUGGGUGAAGUGUUUCCAAAACACAUUAAAGCCAAUGCGAAUGCGGUGUUUGCCAUCAUAACUUCAGUGGUGGUGUUCACUGUCGUGAAACUAUUCCAGGUGAUAUCAGAUGGGAUUGGAACAUUUGUCUCAUUCUGGAUAUUCAGUGGCUGUACUGCUGGGACGGGAGCACUUAUAUAUUGGAUUAUACCGGAAACCAAAGGACAAUCGUUGGAAGCAAUCCAGAAAUCUAUGCUCGAACAAGGAGACGCCAAACGGCGGCCAUUGUUGUGUUGAAAAUGGUCUUUUUUGGUACCUCGGUAAUUAUUUUCAUACUUAAGUUGAAAGGAAAGAUUUUGUUCGGAAAGAUAAAUCCCCGAGUUCUAUAGGGACAACUGUUUUCAAAUAAGCGUAUUAACAUUUAUAAGUAUUUUUUUCAUCGAAUAUGCAGCAUAUAAGUUAAGUGAAACAGUUCAACAGUUUUGGUAUACUCAAUUGAGAUAUUUAUGGACUAGACAAAAAAAAACUAGAUUCAACUUAUCCGAAGAAGAUUCCUCAGGUAAAAACAAAUUUUGUUGGAUCAAUUAAUUA